CCGCACCCCUCCCCCCAUUCAACCACUCGCCUCUCUGUUCCAGUGUGUUUACUACACUGCCGAGCAUAAGGGAGACACUCGUCUUCACAUGCACUGAACCCACUAAGAAAAACAGUUUUUAGUUAAAUUUGUAAGAAAACCUCCAAGAGAUCAACAUGCCCAAGAGAAAGACACUGCCAGAGGACAAGGAGGAGCCCCAGAGGAGAUCAGCUCGGUUAUCAGCGAAACCUGCUGCACCUAAGCCAGAACCAAGGGCCAAGAAGGCAGCAAAGAAGGAGAAGGCUGUGAAUGAUAAGAAGGAGGACAAGAAGACCAAGAAGGCAAAGGAGAACGCAGAGGCAGAGGCUAACGAGGAAAACCACUCUGAGAAUGGAGAGGCCAAGACCAAUGAGGUGGAGGCAGCCCCCGAAGAGGCGAAGGAGGAGGCCAAGUCCGAGUAGCACCACUGCCCAAGCUUCCUCCUCUUUACAAUCCCCUUUCCCCCCCUGAACCCCCAACCAGCCAGCCAGCCCCCUCAAGUCUCUCACAUGGUUUCCCUCCAAGGCGUAUUGUUAACAGAGGAAUAUUUUUAUCAAUGAUUUUAUAAGUAUCCGUACAGAUUUUUAGCACAAAAAGCAAAGCUGAAUAUGGAGCGCCUUGCAGAUUUGCAGUGGUCAUAUCAAGUGUCUGCAAGCAAGAUGAACACACUAAAAUCUUUUUUAAAAGGCAUUUCAUGAUUGUUGAAGGCUUGUGUGGUGUAGAAAGUGCGUCCCUGCCGGAUUGGCUAUGUUGUGAGUUGUGUACUCCUGUGUUUUCCCUCCUUCCCUCAUCUCCCCCUUCUCCUUCCCUAUUCUUCCUCUACAGAUUAGAUCUCCCUCCUCCUUACAGUUCAGCCUUUAUCCAUGUUUUAUUAACGGUUCAGCCAUGUUAAUGUGAGUGAUUCUUUUAGACCUCUAAAUGUGCAGUGAGUUCCCUUUGCUUCUGUCUCUUGUUUUUUUUUUUCAUUGAAAUCGUGUUUAAAAAAAAAAAAGCGUGUUGAAGUGUGUUGUCCAUAAGAAAGAGGAAGAUGAACAUGUGAAACAUUCCGGGAACAGCGAUUGCCUCCGACCUGUCUCCUAGACGACCCUGCGUGUAAAACAGCUCCUGCUCCAUCCACGCUGUCAUGUCGGCUUUUCUAAACACUCUGGUUUUUUUAAACAAUUGAAUUUGGAAACCUUCUCUGACAAAUGCAGGUGUCUGGUCCCUCUCUUAUGUUCUAAAAUUCUCUUAAUAAAAACAAGUCCUGGGAAUUUUCCUCGAA